GAUGGAGGAGCGCAGCAGCUGCGCGAGAACAAUGUUUGGGCUCUGAAGGCAGAAACAAAGCGGCGGCGCGGGGAAACACAGACUGCGCGAGCGAGCGGAGGUCAUGCGCUGGAUGAGAGUUGGGGUCCUGUGUUGAAGACUCUGUCCCCGUGUACGAGUCCUUCGUCCCGCUGCGUCCGAGAGCGCGUCGUCAUGAGUCUGAUCCAGGACAAGCUGGCUGGCGAGUUCCUGCGCUCGGGCGGAGGAGGAGGUGGAGGAGGUGGAGGCGUGGAGCCCGCCUUCGGCCCCGGCGUGCUCAUGUUCAGUCACCUCCCUCCUGUCACCAGCUUCACCCGCCUGGCUGGCCAGGGCGUCAUGGCCGAGCUGCAGCCGCACGAGAUGAUCCUGAAGAGGGAGAGGGAGUCGCCUGACUGUGGAGGGGGGGGUGGGGCCUUGUCAGGGGUGGGGCUGGGGGGCGGGGCUUCUGGAGGGGCCAUGAUGGGGGGCGCCGGCGACUACGUGCACACCAUGGGCAUUAAACAAGAGAAGCUGUCGGAACAUGACUACAGGCUGCCCCUGUAUCCAGGGGGCGUGUCUGUUGGCGGUGGGCGGGGAAACCAUGACCUGCUGGAGAUGUCGGUGGGCAACCAUCAGAACCUCCUCGCACACGACCUCAGCUUGGGAAAUCUGUCAGGGAGGCUGGCAAAGGACUCCACAGGGAGGAAAGGUCGAAGGUCAAAUGGAGAUGGACAGGAGGGCAAGACACGGAGGAAGCGAGGAGAGACAAAGUCUAUGCUGCUGGACCCAGACGGUCUGUCCCCCAGCUCUAAACCACACAUCUGUGAGCACUGCAGCGCAGCCUUCCGCAGUUCCUACCAUCUACGCAGACAUGUGCUCAUACACACGGGUGAACGGCCCUUCCGGUGCAGCCAGUGUAAUAUGAGUUUCAUCCAGAAAUACCUCCUACAGAGACAUGAGAGGAUCCACACCGGAGAAAAGCCCUUCAGCUGUGACCAGUGCAACAUGCGUUUCAUCCAGAAGUACCACAUGGAAAGACACAAGAGGACCCACAGUGGAGAAAAGCCAUACAAGUGUGACACCUGCCAACAGUAUUUUUCCCGGACGGACCGGUUGCUGAAGCACAAGCGGACGUGCGGCGAUGCCGUGCGGAAGGGUGUGGAUGGGGUUCUGGUCACAGGGGCCGACGUUGCUCACGGCAGCUACUCACUCACUCAGGGAAGUGCAGCUCCGGCCACACGCAAGCGCGGCAGGUCCAAACCUGCCGGCGAGGGCGGAGAACGCAGGCGCAAGAGGGCGGCGAUCAGCCCGGACAGCUACGGCCUGCACGACUUCAGCACUGUGGAGAACCAGGGCGUGUCUCUCUCGUCUUCGUCGCACUCCUCUUCCUCGGUAGCGGCCGCCGCCCAGCCGGGCCCCGGCGGGCACGGGGAACAUGGGCAGGCCCCAAAAAUGGCCUUCAAGAAGGGGCAGCGGAAGGGCGCGGAGAAGACCCCGCCCUCGGGGGGCCGGCUGGAUGGCGUGGACCUCUCGCACAGUGUGGGCGCGAAAGCAGGUCCCACCAGCAGCAACUAUGACGAUGCCCUGCAGUUCCUGAAGAAACGCCGCUACCUGCACGCCGCCAACAGCGCAGGGGCCGGGGGCGGGGCUUCAGAGUACGACGUGGGUGUGGCCCACCUGCAGCCUCAGCCAACGGUUAUCCAGGGGGUGGUGUCCGGCGUGAUGGACGGCGACGCCUCCCUGGGGCUGCUUGACUCCUCCCCCUUGGCGGAUGGCAAGCAGGACAAGUCCUGCAUCCCGGACGAGGUCCUGCAGAGUUUGCUGGACCACUACGCCCACAAGCCCGACGUGACCUUCGACCUCUCUGACGCGCACCACGUGGAGCUGCACACAGGGUCGGGUGACGGCGAUGACCCGCUGGCCCCCGACGGGGCCCCGCCCAGCCCCGGGGGCGGAGACAAGGCGGCGCUUAUGCACGAGUACUCGCGCUUCCUCCUGCAGGCGUUGGAGCGGACCAGCCACGGCGCCGCCUUCUCGCUCGGCCCAAGCUCCGCCCCCUCCGGCCCUCUGCUCUCAGACAAGCACGCGUACGCCUCCUCAACUCCGGAAUAUUCCUUCGGCCAGCCCGCCUCCGCCUCUCCCUGCCUUGUGCCCUCCGUCCCGAAGUCCCACUUCGGAAUGCUGGGAAACGCUCCGUCUCCGCAGGGAUUCCACCUCAGCGGUCUGGAGCCGCCCGCCCACCCCCCUCCCCCGCAAGCCCCGCCCCCGCAGCAGCUCACGCCCUCCCAGGAACUCACCGAACAGCUGGAGAAGCAGCACGCCUCCACCCCGCCCCCGGCGCAUACGCCCACCUCCGCCUACCAGAUCCCGCCCCCGGCCCCGCCCCCCGCCCUCGCCGCCCGGAAGGAGUCGCGGGGCCCAGAGAACGGCGCGCCGGCCGGCCCCGCCCCCGGCUUCUCCCUGCCCCCCACGCAGGAGCUGACCCCCCUGGACACGGCCAAGGGCGCCUACCAGAUCGAGAACUUCGUGCAGGCGUUUGGGGCGCAGUUCAAAGGGGGCCGCGGGCAGCUGGGCUUCGGCGCAGACGCGCGGGGGAUGCUGGAGCACCGCCUGCAAACGUCGGUCUCGGAGUUCUCAGGGUACACCAGUCUCUUGGCUGACGUCAGCGACCCCGUCACCUCUGACCCCAAAACCCCACCAAGCCAAAGCUACAGCUGAACCGGCUCCAGGACGCAGGUCUCCUCACGGCUCGCAGUCUGAGCUUUGUUUCUUUUUUACUAUUGAUUUGUCUUUUGUUAUGUAUUGUUAUUAUUAUUAAUUAUUAUUAUUAUUUAGUUCUAUUUUAUUGUCAUUAUUUUUUAUUCAUGUUUUCCGUUUCAUAAUAAUUAUAUCACUGCCGUUUAUAUAAACAUGAAAUUUCAACCCAGUUGGUCAGAGAGACCCGAGAGAAAUGCAAUUUCUAGUUUCCCCAUAUUUGCUUUUUGGAGCCAUAAAGGUGUUUUAUUCUUUUAUUGCUCUUUAAUAGCGUUUUAGUCGGCUAAUCGAUUAAUGGCACGGCGUCCCGACGCAAGCGUAGGCCAGUGACCUUUACGUUCUGUCCCUCCUCUCGUGAAUAUUCAUGUAUAAGAACCGUGAAAUCGCAGCGGUCAGGGAGGAGGUCAGAGCUGGCGCCAAAACGAACCGGGGCAAAAAACAGAAAAACAAAAGGAGAGAAAAAGAUUUUGUCUGUUACAAGAAUGAAAGUAUUACUCAGGAAAUAGUGAAGUUUUAUCAGAGGCACCAAGAACGCGUCAAAGAAACGCACCAUUUGCAAAUACCAAGAAGCUUUGGGGGUUUGUUUUUUUUUGUGUGUGUGUUUUCAGGGGGUUUGGGGCGAUAUUUUAUUUUUGUAUUACUCUGAAUGAGUGCUAAGCGUAACAGAACUGCUGCCUGCUCUGAUUCACUGACAACACUUUCCACUUCGCUAUAUAGAGAUUACGGUACUUUUAUGUGUGGAACGCUCACGCUUUCUUUCAAUAAGGGCCAUAUAUAUUUAUAAAAUAUCUAUAUGUAAAAUACCACGUGUAACUUCUCUGGGCAUGAGCAGGUGAUGCUGGGUACCGGAUCAGGGGAGGGGCGGGGGGGUGUUGGUCUGGUGAAGAGUCUUCAGAAACCCGCUCUCUCUCUCUCUCUCUCUCUCUCUCUCUCUCUCUCGCUCUCUCUCUCUCCCUCCCUCUCUCCCUUUGUGUUGGGACUGCAGAUCCAAGAGUUGUCACUAGAGGGGACUGUGGGGACGUGCGUGAGCGGUUCGUCAGACUGUAGGGCCUUUCGUGCUGUCUGGUCUUUCUUUGACUCCUCUCUCUCUCUCUCUCUCUCCCUCUCUCUCUCUCUCUCUCUCUCUCUCUCUCUCUCUCUCUCUCCCUUUCUUCUUCUUUCUCUCCAAAAGAUUCCAGUCCAUAACUUUGGUUUGAACCCCUUUCAUUUCGACGCAGAAGGCCGAUUCUGUAACUGACGCUGUAAAAUGUAUAUUUCUUAUUUUUUUGAAGCAUCAGGAAGGAGGGGGUGGGGCCUCUACA